UGAAAACUUGACCAGCAACUCGUGUAAGUGAUGCCCCGCCCCUCACAUGAAGGUUCCUCAACAUUAGGCAGCCCCAGUCUUGACGUGACAGCCACUAGGAACGGUCGUCAACAAUGUGGUCCCUAUUGUUUCUUCUUACCCUGUCAGUGGCCACAGUCCACCUUGCCAUCGAGAACCAAUUCUGGCAUGCGUCUGAGGUCUCCGUCGAAAGGGUGACAUCAAUGAGUAGCACCCAGUUAGGAUCAUUAAUUCGGUGUGCAAUGUUGGCUACCGAGAUUUCAUGGAGCCACUUGUUCGUCUUCAAGGACGGCGUCUGCUCUCUCUCUGACAUGAGGGUCGGUAAAUACCUGAAUGACUCUGACCUAGGCCCGACCAUCGCCUGCCAUACCCGGCACAUGUAUGUGUGUAGAACCAACGGCUACACCUACGCUGAUGGGGAAUCGUUGGAGGACACGUGUGGUUACUACUUCUGUGACCGCGGUACCGUCGGCAACAUUAUGAAAGCAACAACAUGCCCUUCGCCUUUCACUGAGGAUGCUGGUCUUGGGUGUGUCUACUUAAACAAAGUGUCAAUGACUUUUUGCGAUGCAAGGAAAUGGUGGGAAGCUCGGGGCUGAUCUUGCUUUUACAGACUUCACAGCCAUAGACAACUACAUCACCGACGUUAAUGGUAAACAAAUUAUGUUUUAAUUUUGAGAAAGUGUCACUAUAAAUAUCAAUUCCUUUUGUUUCUAUUUUCCUUCACUUAUAUUGUUAUUUACAUGAGCAUGAAGGAUCAUUAAUAUCUUCCCCAGAAUUAUGGGUGGGGGUGAAGGCGCGGAAGUGGGUAGAUGGGCGGCCUGUCCUGGCUUCGGAAUGGAAUCUUAACGAACCCGAUGGGCUUCCCGAAGACUGUGCGCGCCUGUUUGGACAACCCAACUCAAAACUUGCUGAUAAACCCUGUGCCAAAUCUUUUCCAUUCCUGUGUCAGAUUCCUCUGUACAAGGAGAGAGUGUAGUAGGCAAGACAUGGUGGUGUUAGUGGUGGUGAUGAUAUUGAUCGUGGUAGUGGUGAUGUGAUGGUAGUGUUAG